AUGACCCCAGCGCCUCUCACUUCUUCUCACUCCUUCAGCAGCAGCAAUAACAGCCAUCUUCUUGUCCCUGAGUUUAAUGUGGUAAAGGCUGUGGUUUUGGGCUUCGUACUUGGAGGUCUGAUCUUGUUUGCAGUUGUGGGAAACAUCUUGGUGAUCCUGUCAGUGGUGUGCCAUAAAAACCUCAGAACAGUUACGCAUUACUUUAUAGCCAACCUGGCUGUGGCGGACCUGCUCAUCAGCUCCAUCGUGCUACCUUUCUCUGCUAUUUUGGAGAUUUUGGACCGCUGGGUAUUUGGCCGAGUCUUUUGCAAUAUUUGGGCAGCUGUGGAUGUGCUCUGCUGCACUGCCUCCAUCAUGAGUCUAUGUGUCAUCUCAGUGGAUCGUUACAUUGGAGUGAGUUACCCUUUGAGAUACCCAGCAAUGAUGACAAAGCGCCGGGCACUGCUGGCUGUGUUGCUCCUUUGGGUGCUGUCUGUCAUAAUAUCCAUCGGACCUUUAUUUGGAUGGAAAGAGCCUGCCCCAGAGGAUGAAACUAUCUGCAAGAUCACAGAAGAGCCGGGGUAUGCCAUCUUCUCAGCUGUGGGCUCCUUCUACCUCCCAUUGGCAAUCAUUCUGGCCAUGUACUGUCGAGUGUAUGUGGUCGCCCAUAGGGAGAGUCAGGGUCUAAGAGAGGGUCAAAAGACAGAGAAGUCUCACUCAGAGCAUUUUGGAAAAGCCACUUCUCCACCUACAUCUUCAACCAGCAGUUUCCCAAACCGAGCACCAGGCCCAGGGCAGAUGGAUUCAGGAGGAGAGAUGGACUUACAACACAAAGAGCUUAAUAAUGUUCCUACUACAGAGGAAGAUGGAGAUACAGAGUCUAAAAAUUUUGAUGAAGAGGUCUUUGAAGAUGCACCAGAAAAGCAAGAACCGCAGUCUCCAAUCAGUGCGCCUCAGGUUCACCAGGAUAUAAAGUCUACACCAUUGGAGCAGGAAAGCCAUGUGCAGACAGAUCCACAGAGUGUUGAGCAUCACACAGAAAGCGCUACUGACACAGGUCCAAAUGAGUCCACCGAGACCCCAGAAGAAACAGGUAAAGGAAAUGACACUGGUGGAGCCACAUCUCCACCUACAUCUCCGACCAGCAGUGUGUCAACGCCAGCACCAGACUCUUCAAACAAUGACACAUCAUCAGUAUCUUCAGUGUUGCCUCACCUCCCUCAUCAGAGCAGCACACCUCCUGUUGGUCAAGAUGAACCAGGGAGCACAAAACAGACCAAUCCUGAUGCACACUCAGACACAGACCAGGUGACAAUGGGUCCUCUAAUCGACGAUCCUUCAAACUGUGAAAAACAGUUCAAUGUUUCACAGAUAUCAACAUUAUCUCCAGUUUCAGCAUCACAGCCACAGUCAUCACAGCCUGAGUCAGCUGAAUCUGAGGACAAAAAGAAGAGCGAUGAAGAAUCACACACAACCGGUCUGGAAAAGAAAGCACAGGGAGACCCAGAACAAGAUGAUAAAGGAAACAGAAGAAACAUCACAAGCUCAAAACGAACCAUCAGCAGAAACCAGUGCAGCUCCAAAGCCAGGCAAGGACCAAACUCCAGAGUCCAGUGGUGUAGAGAGCAAAGAUCAUGACAAAUCCAACACAGAGACACAGAAACAAGACUCAGCCUGCAACCCAUCUGAAGACGAACAAAAAAUAGUCACCGCUGAGUUUGAAAAAGCAGGGUCAAAUGAGCAGGUGAACAAGUCCCCAACACACCAGCCUCACCUCCGAGUCAAACCACCGAUAAUGACAAAGAAACCAAGAACACUGGUGAGGAUGUAGAGGAUGACAAAAAGGAGAAGAAAGAUGAACCCGACAAAGAAUCUGGUUCAUCUGGAUCAGAGCAGAGCAAUGGAGUAAAGGAUAUCCCAGGAUGAGCACCUCUCAGAAUCACACAGGUGACUUUUUAUGACAGGUAAAAGUGAUUAUUUAUUGUGCUGGCCCAUUAUUCUACACCAAACCCAAGAAAGUAUUGAAAACAUGUUUAUAAAAUCUAUGAUUUGGUAUCAAGUGUUGUGGUUGUUAUUGGUAUUGUUUAUUAUGUUGAUGUACAAGAGCUGGGAGUUUUAAAUGUAUUUCAUAUGUUUCAUAUCUUCCUUGUCAUAAUAUUAACAUGGCAAAAGUAGGUGUGGGAAUAAAACUCUCAUGAGAUAAGACUGGCAGCUUACACUUGUUUUCUGUGAGACUCUACUCUGUACUAGUUUAACUGGCAAAACAUCUGUAGUAAGAAGUUAUGUUUAGAAGUAGAUUUAUGGCGUGGUAAAGAGGUUAAUAUAAGAUUCAUGACAAGAGACAGAAGAGACAGUGAGUUCAUUUGCAAAAUCUAAU